AUGUCUUCCGCCGGCGGCAACCACGACCUUCCCCCCGGCGGAAACUCCGACGAACUCCGCCAAUACUUUUGCCACCAGUGCGAACGCACAGCCUUCAUUUCAACCUCCACCGCCGAUCUAAUCUGUCCCAAUUGCAACAGCACCUUCCUUGAGGAACUCGAAGCUCCAAUCCCGAACCCUAACCCUAAUCCCAACCCUAUCCCUCCGUUUUUCUCCCACACCACCGACUUUCCCGCCGCUGGCUUCUCCUUUCCCCUCGUUUUCUCUGGUGGUGCCGCUCCUCAGCCAUUCAAUGAUCUCUCCGCCUUGUUGUCGUCGUCGUCUCCGUCUCAGUCUGCGCCUUUCGGCGACGCGUUUAACCCGGUUGCCUUUAUUCAAAACUAUCUCCAGAACAUGAGAGCGGGAGGAGGCAAUGUUCAGUUCUUCAUCAACGACGGCAAUGAUCCGGCUCCUCAGUUCCGGUUUCCCGGUAAUGCGAAUCCGGGGGAUUAUUUCUUUGGACCGGGGCUUGAGGAUCUGAUCCAGCAAUUGGCUGAGAACGAUCCGAGUCGGCGCGGGACUCCUCCCGCGUCAAAAUCUGCUGUGGAAAAACUACCUGUUAUCGAAGUUACCGGGGAGUUGCUGGAGUCCGAUUCGUCUCAGUGCGCGGUGUGCAAAGACACAUUUGUCCUUGGUGAAAAGGCCACGCAGAUGCCGUGUAAGCACAUUUAUCAUGCUGAUUGUAUCUUGCCGUGGCUGGAAUUGCAUAAUUCCUGCCCUGUUUGUCGUCAUGAGUUGCCAACAGAUGACCCUGAUUAUGAGCAGAGGGCUCGCAGCGGUGGAAGUGGUUCUGGUGCUGCUGGUGGAGAUGAUUAUGUGAGGAGGUUUAGGGUGUCUUUACCGUUUAUGCCAUUUAGGGCACCUUCUUCUGCUGCGGGGACAAGUAAUGCUGGGAAUGUUGACAACAAUGAUAACAACAAUAGCAAUAGUGAGCAAUCCAAUACCGAGACCAGACAAGAAGAUCUCGACUGA